AUGCCGCACUGCUCAGAGCUAGAAGGUUUUUACAAUUCAGCUUCCUCAUUUUUGGGGGGCUACCGGUUUAAAAACCCAACCGCCUGGUUUCCCAGGGAGCGGAGGAAUUCACCUCAAACCGCCGCCAGCUGGGAGCCGGGGGAAACUGAGGCAAAGGCGGCGGCGCGACGGACGCCAUUUGCAGGCCAAGAAAAGGCCGCACGACUGCCACAAUACCCCUGGGCCGAAACCGCGCAUUCUCGGCUGCCAUCUACCGAGGUGCAGUACUGUGCCGAGCUGGUGCGAAAGCGUGACUAUGAAGGGUUUCUGUGUUCUCUGCUGUUGCCUGCGGAAUCUCGAACCUCUGCUUUUGCCUUGAGAGCCUUCAAUGUGGAACUGGCUCAGAUUAAAGACUCCAUAACUCAGAAGACUACAGGUUUGAUGCGAAUGCAGUUCUGGAGGGAGGCUGUGGAAGAUAUAUACUGCGAUAACCCACCACAUCAGCCAGUUGCUACAGAACUGUGGAGGGCUGUCAAGAGGCAUAACUUGACUAAAAUGUGGUUCAUGAAGAUCAUUGAUGAAAGAGAGAAGAAUUUGGAUGAUAGAGCGUACCGUAACAUCCAGGAGCUUGAAACGUAUGCUGAGAACACUCAGAGUGCUCUCUUGUACCUCACCUUGGAAAUGCUGGGUGUGAGGGACAUCCAUGCUGACCACGCAGCCAGUCACAUUGGGAAAGCGCAAGGCAUAGUUACCUGUUUAAGAGCAACUCCCUAUCACACUACAAGGCAAAAGGUCUUUCUUCCCAUGGACAUUUGUAUGUUGCAUGGAGUUUCACAAGAGGAUUUCAUAAGAGGCAAGCAAGAGAAAAAUGUGAGAGAUGUAAUCUAUGACAUUGCCAGCCAGGCCCAUGUUCACCUAGAACAUGCUAGAUCUUUCAGUAAGAAAGUUCCUGUGAAGGCAUAUCCUGCUUUUUUCUGUACGGUUGCUUUAGAUGAUUAUUUAUGUAAUAUGCGAAAAGUGGACUUCAAUAUAUUUCAUCCAAGCUUACAAAAGAAGAGUACCUUAUUACCAUUGCAUUUAUAUAUUAGAUCUUGGAAAAAAACAUAUUAAAUUUUCUUAAUAUG